CGGCAACACAGCCAUGCACCUGUCAAGCGCCCAAAUUGUUCUAUUUAUUUUAUAGUCUGUGGACGCGGGCGUAUCGAAUGAAAAUUGACUUGAAAAUUAAUAGAAACAAUAUUAUUGUCUUUUGUGUAGUAAUAACAGAAAUCGUGAUCCUAAAGUACUAAGAUUAUACAUUAACUCUGUACUGUCUUCAGCUGACGCGUAUUUCAGUUUAACCAUCGGCUUUUAAUUGGAAUCAGAUUUUUUUUCUUUUGUAAACACGUUUGAUAUAUUUCUUAAUUUUUUAUAUCAGACUGCUCCUGAAUAAACUAUGAGUCACUGGUUUUACUCUAACGUAUACAAGUGAAGUGUUUCCGAUACGAAUUGUUUGUGUUUUGAAAGAUGGCCGAUUUAAUUCGUGCUAUGGGGGCGCCUAUCGGACCCCCUGUAAAGGAUAAGUUGGGGUCUCCAUCGACGGAGUCUGAAGAUGGAGGUGGUGACAUCGCUGAGUUAGCGGCUGAUUUGGAACUGGAUGAAGCAGAUGGACCAAGCACAAAUGGCGAAAGACAGGCAGUGCUCGCUCCUCCUGAGACUGAAUGGUACCAUGGCCGGCUGGAUAGAUACACCUCUGAGGAGAGGCUGUGGGCUGCUGGCAAACUUGGCAGCUACCUAGUUCGAGAGAGUGAUAGGAAGCCAGGAUCUUAUGUUUUGAGUUACUUGGGCCGCACAGGAAUAAAUCAUUUUAGAAUCACCGCGGUAUGCGGCGACUACUAUAUCGGAGGUCGCCAGUUCGACUCACUGACGGAGUUGGUCGGCUUCUACAGCCACUGUUCUGACCUGCUGAAGAGGGAGAGGCUUGUCGAGCCAGUGCCGCCACCCGAACCCGUCAACGAUAAAAAGAGGGUAGUAGCUAUACUUCCGUACACGAAGAUGCCGGACACGGACGAGCUGACCUUCCAAAAGGGCGACAUAUUCUUUGUGCACAACGACAUGGGUGACGGAUGGCUCUGGGUGACUGCCCAUAGAACUGGGGAACAAGGAAUGAUCUUCAGAGAGUUGGUGGAGGACCUUGACCCGUCUAUCGACCCGAACACGGUAUUCUCAUGGUUCCAUCCAAACUGCACUAAGAGUGAGGCGGUCGACAUGCUGGUCAAGGCUGGCCCGGGAAGCUUCCUCGUCAGACCCUCGGACAACUCGCCCGGGGAUUACUCCUUGUUCUUCCACAUCAACAACCAAAUACAAAGGUUCAGGAUAGAGAAGAAAGGUGUCAGGUACCUGAUGGGAGGACGAACCUUCGAAUGUUUAGAUGCCGUUAUCAAUCGGUACAGAAAGGAGCAGAUCGUUGAAGGACAUACUUUGGGACAACCGCUGAUCGCCGAAGGCCAUGUCAUUGAGCCGCAACAAAGCACAACCGGCGCGGCCGCCGAGAAGAUCUACGCGACUCUUCGAGAAUGCCGAGACCAAAUAGGUCUGAAGAAGACAAAGGGUAUCAAACACCAGGGCUACCUCAACAAGAAGUCUGAUAAGGGAGCCAAGAAAUGGAAGGCGUUGUACUUUGUGCUAUUGCAAGAGGGUACUGAUACGCACCUGUGCUUCUACGACUCGCCGAAGAGGACGAAGCCAAAGGGAUUGAUUGAUCUGUCCUGCGCUUAUCUGUACCAGGUACACGAGUCUCUAUGGGAGCGAGAGUUCUGCUUCCAACUGGUGGAGCGUGCACUGCCGUGCCUGUCGACGCACACGUUCCUGGCGGCCAACUCCGCGGCCGAGGAGCGCGCGUGGCUCGACGCCUUGAGGCCGCUCUGUGUACCGCAGCAAGCGAGGCAUCAGUGCAAGGUGGCGCGCGUGGUGUGGCUGCGCGCGCUGCGCGUCCGCUGCCUGACGGCGCACCGGCUGCCGGCGCGGCUGGCCCCGCGCCCGCACCUGCGUCUGGCGCUCGGCGCCGCGCCCGUCGCCAGCACCAAGCCCAAGCCCUCGCCCGACCCGCACUGGGACGACGAGUUCGUCUUCGAUGACGUGCCUCCGGAUGUAACAUCCUUUACUAUCACAGUCCACAACACAGGGAAGAGAGGAAAAGAAUCAGAGGUUGCAGAACUAACGAUUGAGUUGGCUAAUCUAGCUAACGGCGAAGAGAUUGAAGAAUGGUACCCUCUAGCGGGUAUGACGCCUAUUGGAGAAUGGGGCUCUUUGAGACUGCGUAUAAGAUACAUGCAAGAGCUAGUCAUGCCUCGCGAGGAAUACAACCCUCUGCGCCAGUUGUUGCUGGAGCCUGGCUUACCAGCUGUGAAGGCAUUAGCUGAUCUAUGUCGCACGGACAGACAACCAUUGGCUACAUCGCUGCUGCACGCGUUCUCGGAGUGCGGGCGCGGCGCGGAGCUGGCGCGCGAGCUGGUGAGCGCGGAGGUGGCGCGCGAGAGCGACCACCGCGCCAUGUUCCGCGCCGCCUCGCUCGCCACCGCGCUCGUCGACGAGUUCAUGCGCGCGCACUGCAAGCCAUUCCUGCAGGCGGCUAUUUCAGAAACUGUUCAAAGAUUGAUUGACGCGAAGCAGUCAGCCGAAUUGAAUCCCACUAAAAUGGACUCUCCCGAUGAUGCUUGUAACAAUGCUGAGUUUUUGCUCAUGAUACUCGAUCAGAUCACGCUGUCGAUCUUCACAUCCCCCGAGGCGUGUCCGCGGCCGGUGCGUUACCUGUGCGGCUGUCUGCAGCGCGCCGCCGUGGCCAAGUGGCCCAACGAGAGGUUCGUCAGGACCAGGGUCGUGUCAGGCUUCAUCUUCCUGCGCCUGAUCUGCCCGGCGCUGGUGGAGCCGCGCGCGUGGGCGCUGGUCUCCGCGGCGCCGCCCGCGCACGCGCAGCGCUCGCUGCUCAUGGUGGCCAAGUGCCUGCAGAACCUCGCCAACCUCGUCGAGUUCGGGGCCAAGGAGCCGUACAUGGAAGUGGUGAAUCCAUUCAUAUUGAAGAACAAGGAGCGUAUGGUCGUAUUCCUGGAUCAAUUAAGCAAUGUGCCUGACCCCGGCAACCCGCCGCCUGCUACUAAUAACAACUUUGAUAUCGCAAAAGAACUGGCAACACUCCACCACAUAUGCGUGUCCCAUCUCACGGAACUGCAAGUGCUGGCCAAGACGCAGCCGGCCAUACGGAAACUGGUCACAGUCACCGAAAUGCUCACCAAACACAAGCACAAGUAUCUCGAGAUGAUCAGAUAGGAUACGACUGCUGUUAAACAGGGUAACAAGAACUAAUUGUAUCGGACAAACGGUAAAAGUAGCGGGUAGACGUAAGACAUCCGGCGUAGUACUGAGGAGUAUUCCAUAGUCGUUCAUGCAUAGUCAUUGUUAGCUUUAGUCUCGUAUUACUUUAACUACGACGUACGCAUUCUACAUGUUUGUUUAAAAGCUUAUUCGUGCCAAAAGUUACGUUUUUAAGUGCGUAUUUAGCAUAAACUUUUAUUAUAUAACCCUAAUUAAAAUGCAAUUUAAUUUAAAGCAAAAAAUGAACAAAAAAAUCCGCUCUCUAGUAUUUUAAGACCUAUUUAUUGAUUUGAAUGUAAAUCAAGUAAAAGAGACGAAAAUUUUACUUAGUUAAUUCGAGCAUUUAUUUUAGUUUUAAGAGUAAUCUUUAGAGUAAGAAAUAUGCUCUAUUUAUAUAUUUAGACAUUCAGUAUUUAUUUUUAUUGAGAGGUAAUUCUUUAAUUGAUGCACCAAGCGAUUAUUGUGCUGCAAAUACUAUUAAGAUUGUAUUCUUAAGCGUUUCAAGUCUGCCAGCAAUAAUAUACAUAAGAUCAUCGUAAUUACGAGAAUGCCUCUUACUGAAAAUGCUUUAAAUUCAUAAAGGAUAGAUUUAAUAUUAAUAAUCUUUUUAUACUAUUCAAUUAUUUAGAUUUUUGUACUUUGUAGUCCUUAUUUUAGUAGUGUAUUGAGAUGUAGAUAACUCUAGGAGUAAUGAUGACCAUCAUUCUUAAGACACCAAAAAUGUACUAGGUAUUGUAUGAAUGUGAUAGCCGUGAGUCGUGGUCGGUAGGACGAUGUUGUUUGCAAAAUUACAUUUUUGAAUGUUGCACUUACAAUCAUUGCGGUGCACCUCGACUUUAUUGAUUCUCUGUGAUAAUGUCUGAUUAUACAUUUUUGUGAAAUUACGCAUUUCAAUAUGUGUUUAUUAAUUCGUUUUAUUGAAACUUUAAUUCUGAUUAUAUAAAACAAUUUGACUGUGUUUAUUCUGACAUUUUGUAUCGUAAAAAAAUAUAAUUUUGAUUAACAGUUUAAAGAAACUUUUCUUUUUAAUUUUUAUUAGAGAUAAUUAGGCAAAGUGUAGACACGACCGCCUCGAACUUGUUCCGUAUUCUUCCUCCCUUUCCUUGCUCAAUAAACUUGUUGUAACUAGACAGUUUAUAUUUCUCGUGCCAUAUAAUCUGUAUUAAAAUACUAGCACUUGCUUUUCACAUCACAAAUUUGUCAAGCUACUAAUUACUGUAAUUAGAACACUUUAGAUGCAACUCUAGAUUUUCGAACCUUUCUAUAUAGAUUCAAUUAUGGACACAACAAUAUUAAGAAGCUUUUGAACGCCGUGUGGAUAACCCAUUGUCACCUAGACAAUAGAUUUUCUACGUCUCCGCGUUCAUUCUUAAAAACUGUACACUGAAUUUAUUUUAUGAGACACAUAUAUAUUCAAUAUUUUUUUAGUUUUAUUUAAAUGGACACAAUUUAUUUAUAUACUAUUUUGCACGUAUUCCGCCUUUGUUUCUAACGACACCGCAGAGUUAUUUAUACAGAGUUGCCGAUUGUGGAGGACCGGUUUAUUUUGACAGUGACUGUAAUAGGUAGUAACGCGCAUCAAUGCAUCGAAGUUCGUUUAUUUAUUUAGAGAUAGCUCGUAGGAGUAGUGGAUGUGACGUCGCUGUAUUUAAGUGUGUUUAGCUUACGAUAGGACUAUGUCUAGACUGAAUUAAGCCCAAUUAGACAUGUUAGUAUUACGUAUUAUGCACUAGAUUUUCCACAAAAUUGUAACAAAAAGUGAUAAGAAAUUUGCAAUAUUUGGCCCAUUUGAUAAAAAUUUUGUACUGAAAUUCAGAGAUUAUAUCCAUAGCAUAGGAGUUGAUAUUGUUAAUAUUUUGAAACAUUUUACAAGGCUUACGUUUAUUUUAUUACAAUUUUUUAUGCAUAUUGAGAAUUAUAAGCUUAUUGGAAUUGCUAUGAUAGUACAGAUUGUAAGUCAAUCAAACUAAGUUAAUUGAUGAAAUCAUUGGUUUUUAUGACGUCAUAUGUAAGUUAUAUAAUUUAAAGCAAUAUUGUAAUCAUGUUUUAUUAUUCACAGUUUUAUAAGCGCACAGUUUGUCAAGUGUAUGCACUGGUUAAUAUCCGCAUAUCACUCGGCUGAUGCUCACCUGCUAUUUGUAUUUAUCAAGAAUGUUUAUUAAAUUUGAUGGCAUUUGUUCUCAGUUAUGGUAAAUUUAUUACAAGAUAUAUUGUAACGAUUAGUAAUAGAUUUUGUGACUGUUUUGUAAUCUCUUUAUAUUCUAUCCAUUAGCAUUUUCUAUUUUUAGAAACCCAGACACAUAUAAAAUAAAAUUACAGAAAAUUAAUGUGUGUUUUAUUUCAUCCUCCACCCUCCAUCUUUAUUCCUAACAUAAGGUAAGAUAAUGAUAAAAAUA